AUGGACGACCUCGACGCGCUGGACGAGAUCGACGUCGACGCGAUGACGCCGGGGGAUGCCGCAGCGCCGAUGGACGACCUCGACGCGCUGGACGAGAUCGACGUCGACGCGAUGACGCCGAAGGACGACCUCGACGCGCUGGACGAUCUCGACGUUGACGCCAUCUCCUCGCAGCCAGCGGCCGAGCCUGCAGCGGAGCCUGUGGCUGAGCCAGCGGCCGAGCCCGCUGCGCCGGCAGAGCCAGAGGCGCCGUCCGAGGGCCAGCUUUCGUUCGCCGAGCUCCGCCGUCGCGCAGAGGCCGAGGAGGAGGAGGAGGAGGAGGAGGCGGAAGCAGAGGCAAAGCCGACCGAGCCGACCGAGGCGGAGGAGGAGGCGCAGCCAAUGGAGGUCGAGACGGCGGCGCCCGAGGAGGCCGAGGUGCGCUUCAACCCUCGCCCCGUCGCGUGUGACCCGCCACUCCCCCCCAACACGCCUCGCGCCGUGGACCGCCAGGGCGGCGGGCUGUCCUUUGCGGAGCUGCGGCGCCGCGCAGAGGCGGAGGAGGAGGAGGCCGAGGAGAAGGAGCAGCCUGGAGCGGUUGCGGGAGGGGCGGCGGACGAGGAGGUGUCGUCGGCCGCAGCCGACGCGACGCAGGCGGAGGACGAGGCGCCGGAGCAGACUUCGCAUCCGUUGGCCGAGGAGGAGGCUGCCGGCGCGGAUGGCGGCGGAGCUGCAGAGGCGGAGGCUGCGCCCGACUCUGCGAUGGAGGUGGAGAAGGAGGAGGCGACCGAGGCUGGGGCGGAGGGGGACACGGCGGCAGACGCGGCCGCGGCGGUGGUGGCAGGGGCGAUCGCGGCGGCGGCAAGGUCGGCUACUACCGAGGCCGCGGCGGAGACGGAGGCCGAGGCCGGGGCGAAGGAGGAGACGGCGGACGAGUCGGCGGGCGAGGAGCUGGCGGGAGAGGCGCCGGCGGACGAGGCGGCGGACGAGGCGGCGGGCGAGGAGCUGGCGGGAGAGGCGCCGGCGGACGAGGCGGCGGACGAGGCGGCGGACAAGGCGGCGGACGAGGCAGCGGACGAGGCGGCGGACGAGGCGGCGGACGAGGCGGAGGUGGCCGAGGCGAUGGUCUCGGAGCCGGCUAGCGCCGCCUCUGCCGCAGGCGCCGCCUCGCAGGCCGCUGUGCCGGCGCCCACCGGCGCCUCGUCGCCGCCCCCGCCGUCCCCGGUGCCCAAGGACGGCGAUCUGUCCUCGCCGGGGCUCGACAUCGGCGGCCAGAUCGACAUUGGCGAGAUGCUCGACCGGAUCGACGAGCCCUCGCCCGAGGCGCCUGGCGCCGUCCCUCGCAAGACGCCCUCGGACCGCGGCAAGCGCAAGCUCGACGAGGCCUGCGUCGCCGAGGCGCUCGCCGACGAGGUCACGCGCGAGAAGCCGCGCAUCCUGCCGCCGUCGCUCGGCGGCGCGGGCGAAGGCGCCGCCGCCGCAGAGUCGCCUGCCCCGCGCACCAACCUCUUCGACGGGCCGCCGCCCGCCGCGGGCUCUCCGGCGGCGGCCGAGUCCGCUGCCACCUCCGAGCGCGCCUCCAAGGCGGCCCGCAAGGAGGCGCCCAAGGCGCCCGCCGCGGACGGCGGCGAGUCGCUCGAGCGCAAGUUCAAGGACGAGAUCCGUUCAUGGCUCACAAAGGUGCGAACGGACCGGCAGACCUUUGGCGACGCGCUCGACCGGCUCGAGAAGAAGUUCGAUGUCGAGGUGCGAGGCGAGCGCAAGCCGGCGAUCAAGGCCAUGAUCCUCCGCGAGCUCGAGCGCAAGGAGCACAAGGCCAGGGCGUGA